ACUGACAGAACGAAAUAUUUUCCCGCCGUGUUUACCAGUGUUUACAUUGAUUGUUUAUAUAGUUUUUUGAAGAACUAUAACAUAAAAACAACGCAUAAUAACUCUUAACAUAUUUUUCCAUUUAUAUAAUCCAUUCCCCAAAAGCUAACAUGGGUAAGAAAUCUACAGGAUCAGUAAACAAAAGUAAAGAGAAGAGGCUCGCUAGGAAGCAGGAGCAGUACCGCAUUGCCGAUGGGAUGUCUCAUGUGACUUCAGCGAACAAGCUGACAGACCUGGCUUCACUGUGCAAAGAGUUGCUGGUGUACCGGAGCAAUGACCUGGACGUUGAAAUGUACAUACAGCGGGUCGCAGAUCUCGACAAGAGUGUAUUAGACUGGGCAAUAGACCUUACUGAAAGGAAUAUGAAGAAAUUGUAUGAGACCUGUGCCUGGGGCUGGAACAAGGAGAAGAAGGUGGAAGAGAUGAUGGACGACUCGGCCUGGUACCUCAUAGCAAAGGAGAAGUCCGGCACCCUCCUGGCAUUCUCACACUUCAGGUUUGACAUGGACUUCGGGAUCCCUGUCUUGUAUUGCUAUGAGGUCCAGGUGGAGGCUGCGGGGCGGCGGCGCGGGCUCGGGCAGCGCGUGCUCAGCGUACUGGAGAAGCUCGCGCUCGCCACGCGUAUGCGCUGCGUGCGCCUCACCGCGCUCACGCACAACCCCGCCGCCAGCGCCUUCUUCCGGGCCUGCGGAUACGUUCUGGACGAGACGAGUCCAGCGCUAGAGGAAGCCGCGCAUUACGAGAUACUGAGCAAGGCCACAGAAGCCCAGGAGGAGACUUAACAUCCCCACCACUACCACCACCACCUAGUCAGCAGGCCAGCACAUUGCUAUCAUCCAUCUUUCCCAAGUGGGUCCAUUCCAUACUCUAUAUGUUCGCAUUAUCAAGUGACUUAAUGUUUUCACAUAAUAAUCUUACAAAUGUUUUUUAUUCGAAUACAGAAGAUAUUUUCUAAUACAUAGUUAAAAGGUUAUAUAAUGUAACCGGAUGCUGUUUUUGCAGAAGUUUUAGUGAUGAUUUUACUAUAAUAUACUGCUCCAAAGUUUAGUAAUUAACAGUAGUCGAACACAAUGAAACAAUUUAACCUAACAAAUUCGCCUGCUGCUAAUUUAAUCUAACAUAUUUAAUGUUUUGAGUCAGUCACAAAAUUUAUGAAAAACAUUACAUUAAAAGCAUAAAACAGCCAACAGUUGCCAACAGAAGAAUACCUAAAGUGACUCAAGCCCAUUUAAGCCCUUUGACCGCCAAAGAUGUUAACUAACGCGCUCGGCUACAACCCAAUAUCAACCUUAAUGCAUUUCGACAAGGUUCACAAUGACGCGCCGCACACGAUAGGCGUGGCGUUCAAAUGGACCGCGAGCUACGAACAGAUUUCAUGACCAAUCGCCUCCCGGGCGAUAACUCGUAUAUUGGUUAACGGCUAUGUAUAAUGAUCCCUCAUGGACGUCAGCUGGCGCUCCGUUGGUGGGUUGAGGAAUUGCAGUCACCGAAACAUGUAAAAAAAAAUUGUCAUCGCCUCCCGUUUCAUACUUUGUCAGAAGAUAGUUUAAUAGAUGUUAUUAUAAAUAAAAACAACCGUCAGCCGGUUGUAUAGCGGUGGAAAACCCGUCAGCUACUUGCAUAAACAUGUAAAAAACAAGCGCUGUACCUUUUUAUUAUAGUAAUAACUAAAUCAUGAAACUUUGCAUGUAGGAUUUCAUCAGGCAUUUCAAUAAAAGCCUUAUGGAUUUGCGGACAUGAUCAACCGACGGUCUUUCCACCGCGACACAAUCGGCUGACUAGUUUCUUAAUUCAUGAUAGCAUCUAAACUAUCAUCUGAAAAAGUAUCAAGCGGGAGGCGAUGACUGACGAUAUUUGCUCCUGGCCCGCGGUCUAAAAGGGUCAAUUUACCUCGCGAUUAUGCGACCAAUUGUUAGAAUAUAAUCAAAUCGAAUUGUUACAUGUUAUAUUGACGUAAACAUACAUGUGGGUAUUGAUUUACUACAGGAACUGAAAUACCAGAACAAAGGUACAGAGGAAAGCAAAAGUAGGCAUAGCAGUAUCACUUUUCGACUUUGUUUUCAAUGAAUGUACGAACACGAACACUAUUGCCGCUCUUUCAAACUGUAAGUUAUUGUUUCUGUUAGACUACGUUAAGUAUUUUCGUUUUAUUAAUUGUACAUGUAAGUAUUCUACAGUCUUAAAACAACACGGCCCGUGUUAGAGCAUAUUACUCCGUAAAUCCGAACAUGAUAUAAAAAAAUAUUUUAAAUCCUUUACAUAAGCUUAAGUAUGUGCAGUUCCUAGUCUACCGUACAGAUAAGAAGAGUAAAAAGAAUAGUGUAAAGUAUACACUUUACACUAUUCUUUUUACUUUCUGAAAUCUAAAAUAGAAAUAUUUAUGUAUUUUUACACAUGACAUUGAUAAAUGAUAAUGAACUCCUUUUAUAUUAUGAAACUCAUGCGUACUUUUUAUAGCGAUUUCACCUAAUUUAACCAGGGACCGGUCCGGUAUCCCCUUCGAGGGUUUUGGAAGGGGUAUUUCGUAAGGCUUUGCUUACUAAAAGUACUAAAACCCUUUCAUACGCUUCAUAAUACGGGGAAGUUGAAUACCCGUGUAUUAUCCGGGUUCUAUAUAAAUUCGUGGCGUAGUCGGACUAGUAGCUUAUUAGUAAUAACAAGUAAUAAGCUAGAAAUCUUUAUAGAUCGAAUCGCUACACAAAGUAGUCUGCAGUGUAAUAAUUAGUUACGUCCAUCACGACAUUCCUUGUUUGUAACUAGUUUAACGGGUUGUUAAUAAAUUACUCAUCAGUACCUUAAACUGAUAAUUCUCAUAUCGAUUAAGUUUAUUUUAGCAAAAUAAAUACAAACAUUUUACAAACAAA